AUGGUAAAUGGUCGGUGUUCCAAAUUUUUUCCUAAGAAAUAUGUGGAUAAGACCUCAUUUGACAUUGAUGGUUAUCCGACAUAUCGAAGGAGGAACACUGGUGUUUUUGUUGAAAGACGUGAUGUUCAAUUAGAUAAUGGGUAUGUUGUUCCUUAUAAUGCAAAAUUGUUGAUGAAGUACCAAGCCCACAUUAACAUUGAAUAUUGUAACAAAUCGAAUUGCAUCAAAUACUUAUUUAAGUAUAUCAACAAAGGAGUUGAUCGGGUUACAGUUUCAAUGAAAAAUGAAUGUAAUGAAGGACAAAAUGUGCCGGAGCGAUUACCUUUUCAUAUGCCCAACAAACAAGUUGUAUUAUAUGGUAAUGAAGAACCAAUUGAUAGGGUCGUUCAAAGAGGUCAGAUGUCUGAAACAAUGUUUACUGGGUGGAUGGUUGCUAAUAUGAUAUAUGAACAUGGUAGGCAUUUGACAUAUGCUGAGUAUCCGCAGUUAUUUGUUUGGCAUCCUAAAGAUAAAGAGUGGCGACCACGCAAAAGAGGGUUUUCCAUUGGAAGAAUGAAUUUUAUACCUUUGGGGUGUGGGGAGGUAUAUUAUUUGCGUUUAUUGUUAAAUCUACAAUGUGGAUGCACAAGUUAUGCCGAUUUGAGAACUGUUGAUGGUGUUGUUCGAGUGAGCUUUCAGGAAGCAUGUUCUGCCUUGGGAUUAUUAGAGGAUGAUAAAGAAUUUAUUGAUGGAUUAAUUGAUUGUGCUGAAUUGUCAGGUGGUAUGUCUGUUAGAAAGUUGUUUAUGGUGUUGCUAUUAUCUAAUUCAAUUGUCACACCAGGAAAAGUUUUUGAGGAAACUUGGAGGUUGUUAGCCGAUGGAAUUCUUUAUAAGCGAAGGAAAUUACUUUGCAAUCCAGCUUUGCGUUUGGAUGAUCAGACUUUGAAGACGCUUUGUUUGGUUGAGCUUGAAAAAAUGUUAGUUAAUAAUGGGAAAACACUAAAGGAUUUUCCUGGCAUUCCGUAUCCUAUUUCAGAUGAAGUCCCUCAGUUUGAGAAUGUCAUGUUGUUUAAUGAGUUAAGAUUUGACAUUGAUGAUAUGUCAGUUAAACAUAAUGACCAUUUGAUGAAGUUGAAUAAUGGUCAAAGGAAAGUGUAUGAUGAGGUUAUUGAUGCAGUUAAUAAAUCAGAUAGAGGAUUUUAUUUUGUCUAUGGUUCAGGUGGUACAGGAAAAACUUUUCUUUGGAAAACUCUAAGUUAUAGAUUAAGAUCUGAGCGGAAGAUUGUGUUGAAUGUUGCAUCCAGUGGUAUAACAUCUCUUUUGUUACCUGGUGGGAGGACUGCACAUUCGUUAUUUAGUAUCCCACUUGUGUUAAAUGAGGAUUCAUGUUGUAAUAUUAGGCUGGGUAGUAACAAGGCAGAGUUGCUUAAACAUACAAGUUUAAUUAUAUGGGAUGAGGCACCUAUGGUUAAUAGGUGGGCAUUUGAGGCUGUUGAUAGAACCUUGCGUGAUAUAAUGGAAGUUGGGGAUGUUUAUGGUGGGGGAAAGCCCUUUGGUGGAAAAGUUGUGGUUUUAGGGGGAGAUUUUAGACAAACUCUUCCUAUUAUCCCGAAAGCAAGUAGGGAAGAAAUUGUAAUGGCUACUAUUAACUCAUCAAGACUAUGGAAAUUUUGCAAAGUCUUAAAACUUACUGAGAAUAUGCGUUUGCAUGGGAAUGAUUCUUUACAUGAUUGUGAAAAAUUGGUUGAAUUUAGCAAGUGGAUACUUGAUAUUGGUGAUGGUAAUUUGGGUGAUUACAAUGAUGGUGAAUGUGAUUUAGAUAUUCCACAUGACUUGAUGGUUCCCUUUAAAGAUGAUGUUGUGUCAAGUAUAGUUUAUUCCACCUACCCUGAUAUUCAAAGGAAUUUUUUUGAUGAGGAAUAUUUUAUUGAUAAAGCUAUUCUUGCUCCCACUUUGGAUAUUGUUGAUAGUGUGAACCAGUUUGUGCUUUCCAUAGUACCUGGCAAAGAAAAAGUGUAUUUAAGUUCAGACAGUGUAGUCAAAGUUGAUGAAGAUGUAGCCAUUGAUGCAAAUUGGAUAACCAUUGAGUUUUUGAACGGCAUUAAGGGAUCUGGACUUCCUGAUCAUAGGUUGUGUUUGAAAAUUGGAACGCCCAUUAUGUUAAUGAGAAAUAUUGAUGUUUCAGCUGGGUUAUGCAAUGGAACUCGGCUUAUUGUGUUGGAUCUUAGACCAAAUUUGAUUUAUGGGAAAGUGCUAAAUGGAAAUAAAGCUGGCACAAAAACAUACAUCCCACGCAUGACUAUUGUUCCUUCUGAUAGUGGUCUACAUGUUAAAGUUCAACGUAGGCAAUUUCCGGUGUGUGUUUGUUUUGCAAUGACAAUUAAUAAGAGUCAAGGGCAGACGUUGUCUCGAGUGGGGGUUUUUUUACCGAGACCUGUUUUUUCCCAUGGUCAACUAUAUGUUGCGUUGUCGCGUGUGAAAUCAAGGGAUGGAUUGAAAAUUUAUGUUGACCAGACAGAGGUUCCGCCUUUGGAGCACACAAAAAAUGUUGUUUACAAAGAAGUAUUCAAAAAUUUAAGUUGA